AUGUUUUUUUGCUACUUGUUCUGGGUGUUUUUAUUCCAUAAACACUCACUUGGAGUCCCAACAUGUGAAAAGGGAUAUUAUUUUUCUCCAACUGGAAAUUGUGCCAGAUGUGAACCUAGAUAUUACUGUCCAAAUGGAAUUGAUAAAAAAGAAUGUGGGCAAGGUUAUUAUUCUUCGGGUUUUGCUUUUUCAAAUUGUUUAUUGUGUCCUGAUGGGACUUACACUUUUCAAAACAAAACGACUCAAUGCACGCCGUGUAAUCCAGGGACUUACUCCAUUGGAGACACAAAAAAUACUUGUAUUUCAUGUCCAAUAAACACGUAUUCACUUGGAAAUGCUUCCAUGUGCGUCAAUUGUACAAAUGAAUUGUGUACAGCGUGUUCCUCAACAACUGGGUACUGCACCUAUUGUAUUCCCGGAAGUCGCAUAAUUAAUCAUUAUGCUUGUGAGAAAUGCUCCGCAGGUACUUACUCACCAGGAGGAAUUACAAUAUGCGAACAGUGUCAAGAAAAUUCAUAUGCUUUAGUUGGCCAAUCCCAAUGUUCAAAUUGUGAUUCAAAGUGUAAAACAUGUGAUCAAAAAACUGGAAAUUGUCUCUCUUGUUAUCUUGGGUCUUUUGUUUCAGAAGGGAUAUGUAUCAGUUGUGAAGCUGGAUAUUAUAAUGAUGGUGAUCAUUGUUUUCCUUGUAAUGAAAAUACGUAUGCUUAUAAAAAUUCAACAAAAUGUAUAACUUGCAACAAUUCAUGUAAAACAUGUGAUUCCAAAACUGGAUCCUGUCUGACAUGUAACGAAGGAUGUUGGUUAAAUAAAAAUAGAUGUUAUUGUUGUCAAGCUGGUAAUUAUUAUAAUAUAACCGAAAGUAGAUGUAUUGCUUGUCUUCCAGGAACUUUUUCUCCAAAUUCAGGAAGUAUAAAAUGUGAAGAAUGCAAAGAAGGAAUGUUUACAUCAAAAACAGCUUCAACAAGUUGUAGUUCAUGUGAUAGUUUAUGUAAAACGUGUGAUAAAAAAACAGGACAAUGUACAUCAUGUUAUACGGGAUAUGGAUUGUUCUUAUCGAAUGUAUGUGAAAUUUGUGAAGCUGGAUUUUAUUCUUCAGAUCAAACUAACACAUGUUUAAUGUGUUUGGAAAACACAUAUUCUCUUGGUGGAACAUCUUAUUGUACAAGUUGUAACGAUUUAUGUAAAACGUGUGAUUCCACAAAUGGCAAAUGCACAUAUACUCGUCACAACAAGGAAACUUGGUGUGUAAUGAUUGUGAUGAUGGAAAAUACAUCGAUUCAACAGGAGCUACAUCGUGCAUUGAGUGCGACACUUCGUGUAAAACUUGCAACAAAGAAACUGGAUAUUGCACUUCUUGCCAAUCUGGAAGUAUUAUUAAUUUGGGAAUAUGUACCAUUUGUGAAUCAGGAACAAAAUCAAAUCAAAACACAAACGAGUGUGAAAUAUGCCCAGCUGGAACAUAUUCAAAAUUUGGUUCUACGACAUGUUCUUCAUGUGAAAAUGGUUAUUACUCAACCAGUAAAUCUUCUGUAUGUAAUUCUUGUAGUACAAAUUUGUUUAUCUUGUAUAAACGGAUAUGGGUUGAAUGGUUUAAGUGAAUGUUUCAAAUGUAAUCCUGGACAAUUAUCUAUUAAUUCUUUAUGUCAAGAAUGUGAAGAAAGGUAUUACCAACCAGAAUAUGGUCAGUUUAAAUGUAAUUCAUGUGAUGCUUUAUGUGCAACAUGCAAUAAAAUUAGUGGAAAGUGUAUAACAGGUAAUCCUGGAUACGAACUUGAUUCCAAUAAUAAUUGUAUAAUUUGUAAAGAUAAAGAGUAUUCACUUAACAACACUUCUCUUUGCAUUUCGUGUCCAUCUUUUUGUAUAAAUUGUAUUGGAGAAAGUGGCGCUUGUACUUCGUGUCAAUCUGGACUCAAAGAUAUUUCCAAUGGAAGUGGAAACAAUUGUAUUUCAUGUUCUAUGAAUGGAAAUUGUUCAUCUUGUGAUUCAAAUGAAGAUGAAUCUAAAAGGAAAUGUGUCGAAUGUGAUGUUGGGUAUUUUUUGGAUAACAACAAUUGUUAUAAAUGUUCAAAUAUAACUUCUUGUGAAAAAUGUUCCACUCGAACAAAAGAGUGUUUGGCGUGUUCGGGUAGCUUGGUUUCUAUGGUGGAAAUGUGUGUCUUAUGUGAAGAAGGCAAAGUUAAAACGGAUGUCAAAAAGUGUUCCAAUUGUUAUGAACUCAUUGACAAUUGUCAACUUUGUGAUUAUAAUAACGGAAAUCCAAAAUGUUCAAAGUGUUUUCCUCAAUUUGUUGUUUUUGAUGGUAAAUGUAUUUUGGGCAAUUCAGAAAAAACACAUUUUGAUUUUGAAAAAGAUAUUCAAAAACCAAAUAAUGUUGGUUGUCUUCUCCAAAUAAACUCUUCUUGUUUUUCAUGUCAAAAUAAUUAUAUAUUGAAUAGUUAUAAUUGUAUUGAAAAUAACAAUGAAAGUUGUUCGUUGUUAUCAAAAAAGACUUGUGACUUUUGUUUAAAUGAUGUAAUAACAACAAACGGAGACUGUACCAUUAAAACUGAAUGCAAAUAUCAAAUAACUCACAACAAAAACAUCACUUGUUUGAUGUGUAAAAAUGAAUCAAAGUGUGGUCUCCCUGUUGAUAAUUGUCGUCUAACUCAAAACAGUUAUUGUUAUACAGCUAACGAAGGUUUUUACACUACUUUGGAUGGAAAUGGUCAAACAGAACAAUUAGAGAACGCAAAAAUUAUACAAUUAUAUGGGGACAACAAAGUAGAUAUAUUAUGCAAAGAUAAUUUUGUAUUACUUUCGAAUAAUAAGUGCUCCUCUAUUGAAAAUUGUACUCGUAUUAAUGGAAGUUAUUGUGUCAAAUGUACGGAAUAUAGUCAUAUUGCUAAUGGAAAAUGUGUUAUUAACUAUAAUGAUUGUUUUAUUCAAAACAAAGAGCAUUGUAUUUUUUGUAAUAACAAAAUAACAGUUGAAGGUAAAUAUUCAUCAAUAGAAACGAUAAACUGUCAAGAGGUUGUUGGAAACAUUUGUAAAAAAUGUGAAGAUGAUUAUUAUAAAGAUAUUGAUAAAUGUAUACUAAAAGAAAACGCGUUUUUCACAUUGUAA